GUGUUCUUUCGCGACAGUCUGAAAACCGUGUUCUUUCUGGUCUAUUUAAUUACUGAAUAGGAGGAGAUAGAAAUACCCAAUUUUUUAGAAUCUAGUAUCACUGAGUCCCUGAAUUGAUGGAUUCAGGGUGUAAUGAAUAGCAGCAGGGAGAGAAGCUACAGUGUAGGUGGUCACCCCAGACCCAGAGGAGGAUACUUGUAGCUGACCUUAUCGAAUAACAGAGCAACAGUGAUUCUACGUCUGUGUCCCAUGAUCUGUCUGAGAAACUUAUUCAAGACCAUAACACACUUUGGACUUUGUCAAAGACAAAACUGAGAUAAGAAGUACAUCCUGGAAACACUGAACAGAAGCUGUACUCCACUUUCUCUGACCUAAUUGUUCUACACUAUUCCAUGAGUUCAGGAAACAAGCUCCUCUAGUCAAGAUGAAAAAGGAGAAAACACCUCAGGAAAAUCCUCGAGUUCUACAUGGUGAAGUCCAUGAUCAUGGAGCCCAGCCAAAGGAAUAUCAACAUGAAGAAAAACUUUUACACAAGACAAAUCUGCGUGAACAAUCCUCAGUUCCCUUUUCUUCAGGAUUUCUGUCAGAGUCAGCAUAUCAUGACAUAACCCUCAAAUGUGCUGCUGCAAUAAGCAACUCUCCAAGUACAGGAUUGACUGUUUCUAGUAUAGCAAAAUCUUCUAGAUCAUCUUCAAUGAAUUUUUUCAAAGCUGACAACACAAGUAGUAGCAGCACUUCUGUCCCUGUGCUCCCGAAACCACAUUUUGCAGUCCUUACACCUCAGUCCAGUGUCUUAGGAGAAGGGGAGGAUUACUUUAAUUCUUUGUUCUUCGACUCAAAGAGACGCUUCACACAUUCUGAAUUCCUUGAUAGAAAUAAAAUUUUGCCUCCAGAUGAGGACAACACAUCUAGAUCCAGUGCUCUUGGAGACCUUAAGAUAGUUGAAGUGAAUGCCAAUGGUUUGUUUGUGAAGCUAAUUAACUGUUCUAACAACGAACUGGCAAUUGGAGAUCAUAUUCUCCAACAAAAUGUGAAUGGCCAUGCAGUCUCUUUGUACAAAUUCCACCCAAACAUUAGAAUGGCAGCCAAUACUACAGUAACUGUUUGGGCUGCAACUUCUGAGGUGAAGCAUCAGCCACCAUCAGAUUUUCUUUGGAAGGAACAAGACAAGUUUAGAACAAGUCCCAACUGUACAACCAUCCUGUGUAACCCUGAUGGUCAAGCUAUUGCUUGGUAUACCCCUAUCUACUGGAAGCAAGCUUGGGAGGGAAUUGACACCGAGAAAAAACAUGAUAGAAGCCCAGUAAUAAUCACAUCACCUAAAGUACAAAUGAUCCAGGAACCAGAAUCUGUAAUAGCUAAAGGAAAAGCAGAUCAGCAAAGCCCAGUAAUUCUGGAAGAACAUGUUCGAGUUUUUCUUAAGAGAGAAAAAGAAAUUCCACCAUCUCUUUUCCCUAAUCGCAGCCCAUGGUGCCAUAGCCCUGACUAUCCUGUACAUCCCAACUAUUCAUUGCAACGACCAGCUACUAUAGGCAAUGAUGGGAGCAUCUUGGGCAGGCAGGCAAGGUCACAAUCAGCUAGACCUGAUCCAAUGCCAGCCCCCUACCCCUUGUCUGUUGGAACCCGAAGAAGCAAAACUCUGAACAUAGUCCACCAGAAUCACAAAAGUGGCAGAAGAUCAGUUCCAUCUUCAGGGGAGGAAGAAAUUUCAAUUCAAAUCUAGUGAGCAAUGGGACACCCCAAUGUGCCAUGUCCAGCCUUUAUUACUUAAGAGACGAAGUCAGAAGCUAACAAGAAGGUGGCUCCUUUUAGAAAAGCAUCAUUUCUUAUGACUGGUAUAUCAACUUCUCGAAGCAGGAGAGAGAGGUAUUGGUCAGGCUAAGCUUUUAUUAGCCAAGUAGCCAAGAGGAAAAGUAAUGGUCAAAAGCAAAGCAACUCCAGUCUUUAUUUUGGCACAGAGUGCCUGAAAACCACUCCUUUCCAUCCUUCCUACCCCACAAAGUGGCAGGUCUACAAAUCCUGCUAUUUGUGCUGAUGCAUUUUCCAAAAGCAUAUUGUGACAGGAAAUUCUAAGUCUGUGAUCUAGACAGGCUGUCUACUCCAGGACACAUGCUCUUGAAGGUAGACACUCUGCUUAGCUUUAAUUACUUUGGCUUUCCAGUAUCUGGCAGUGAUAUGUGAAGGCAUCCAUUAGGAUUUUUAACUUUAACCCAUUUACAAGUUAUCCCCUGUAACCAAAUUCUUCUGAUCCCUAAUAUUCACAAACUUGAGUAGAAAAUCUCAAGAGUAGGAAAUCCCAGUGGAAUGACCAUUUUCUAAAUUGUGUAGUCUGAUUAAAACUAUGCCGUCUCUCCCUUUAACCUUGGCUCCUCUCAAAAGCAUUGAGGUUAAAAAUUGGGGUAUAUACAACUGCUGCUAAUGCCUCCACAGCUUGCAUCAGAAUAUUGGUCUUACUUUUGGCUAAAGAGAAAGCCUGCGCCUUACAGAUCAUGCCAUUUAAAUAACUGCCUUUAUAAAGCCAAAUGUCGGAGAAAGGAUUACACGUGCAGAAAGAUGUGAGCGUAUACUGCCCUUGGGAUGAUAGGUGAGGAGGAACUUAGAAUAUGAAGACCAUGUGCUAGGUCUAAGAAGCUUGUAGUCUUGUUGGCUUAAAUCUAGCCAGCUAAUAUUAAAUCAGUGCUGUUCUAUCUUAGUCAUGUCUUGUACCUGAGAAGAUGCAGAUGAUAUAUAUCCCCUUAUUAUCCACUUGAUUCUAUUGUUGAACACAAUUGCUUAUUAUAGAUUUUGAAAUUGAUUUUUAAAAAAAGGAUUUAUACUAAUCCCUGUGUAAUAGUGUAGUGCUCAUUCACCCAGACUAUUCACAUUAAUAGCUCCCCAUUAGGUCCCUUAGGAAUAGACCUGUAUAUUUUCAGAAUACUGUCAAUAAUACGUCAGGGCACUUUGCAUCAUUAAGCUUUUAAUCUUGGUCAUAGGUUUGCCAAGUUGAGGUUGUUCUACUUUUUUUAAUUUUUGUGGUUGCUAUAGAAACAAUAUCGACACGAUGUGAGGAAAACACAGGGGCAACCAAAAGUGUACAAUAAAAGUUGAUCUAUUCCCUUGUUUAUUAUUUUUUUCUAUCUGGAAUGACUAUCCUGUUCACAGUAGGAGUAUAAACAUAGUCAAAUCAAACCUGAAGACGAAGAAAUCUCAUUCCUUAUAGUUUCCCUUUUCACCCCCUUUUCCUCCUCUCAAUGCUCCGUAGCAGGGCUACACAAAGCCAGUCAGUGUUAAGGCUCUUAGAGGCAGCCUAUCCCCCAUGACUGACUCAAAACAUGUUUGAUCCAGAACAGUUUCCCUUGUACUUAGCUGAUAUAAUAUCAAGGAACUCUUAUCUAAAUGUCUCAGAUUCAUUUGUAUCUAAUAAAAGAUUGUCUCCUUUGAUCUCUUUUCCACAGGAUUCCCCCUGUACUCUUGAGUGUUUAUUCCUGAUCAAUAUGGUUCCAUUUAUGGAGAGUUGCUGCUGAAGUAUAAGCUUCUUAGAACAUCUAGCCAUUUACUCCCUCAGGUGGAGGUUCCCCAAACUAGUUUCAACACAGAGCAAUUUGGUCAUAAAUCUAUAAAUGCUGGUCUGGAAGGCCUGAAAGUAUCCAGUAGCCCCUGGGAUAAAGGUGAGCAAGGGCAGGAAGAUUUGGGAGCCAAAUAAAGGAGAGAAGGAACAUAGAGUACAUGAACUAUACACAGUGAAAAAAUAAAACUCUGGAUGAUU